AUGCAGGAAGAAAGCAAUAGUUCUGCUUUAUCUGGAAAUUCCAAUAAAAGUAUCGUCUCUCCAGAUAAAUCGUUGAAUACGACCCCUCUUUCCGAGUCAUCUGGAAAUUCUAGUACGGGAUUCCUCAAAACUUUAUUUACUAGUCCUACAAAAAAGGAUAUUCAAAAUCCUCUUAGCACAAUUAGAGAUACACAUUGCAAAUAUUGUUCAAAACCGAUAAACAAUCGGUUCUGCGAUUUUCGCUGCAAUGGUGACUGCAACAGUGUCGCACAUUAUCGUUGCACAGUACAAGCUUACAAAAGUAUACAGAUAAACAUUCGCCCUGAUCGUUUCUUUUGCCUUUGGUGUACUGUUUAUAAAUAUGAGGAGAAUGCUCGCCAGCAGUUCCAAAUACUUAUCGAUGAAACUGAUACUUUAAAUAAAAGUAAUGAUUUAGCUGAAAAUUCCAAUAAGAAUGUCAUCACUCCAAAAAAAUCACAGAAAAUGUCACCUAAAAUUCUCAUAAACCCAUCUUCACCCUCCAAGUCAUCUGGAAAUUCUAAUGAAAGAUCCUUCAAAAUUACUGCUACGACUAUUACUUCUCCGAAGACUGAAUGCGUUUUCUCAAUGCCCGUUUCUCCUUGUCGUCCAAGUAAUUGUUCCUCCCUCAAACCAGUUUCGUCUGAAAGUGAUAUUUUAAAUAAAAAUAGUACUACUUUAUCUGGAAAUCUCAAUAAGAGUAUCGUCUCUCUAGAUAAAUCAUUAAAUACGACGCCUCUUUCCGAGUCAUCUGGAAAUUCUAGUAUGGGACUCUUCAAAACUUUAUUUACUAGUCCUACAAAAAAAUCCCCGAAUGUGACGCCUAAGACUCCUAUUUCCGGGUCAUUUCAAAUUGAUAAUGAAAUUAUAGAUAAAUCCUUCAAAAUCGACACUCCUACUACUCCUGUUACUCCAAACAGUUUUUCAAUACCCUUUUCUCCUGGUCUUCCAAGUGUGAGUUCCCCCCUCAAAUCAAUCUCCCCUUCGUCUAAAACACAGAUAGUCCCUUAUGAAGAAAAUCUACACUUUACCUUCCCAGAACAUAAUAUAGAAGAAUCUUCUUCUAAUAAAUCUAUUAUGAACAAGAUAUUGCUAGAGCUUCAACAAUGUAAACAGUUACUGCAGGAAAGAGUAUCACAUCAAACAAUGACGACCUCGUUUGAACAAGACAAAAAGUAUUAUUUGAGAAGUCUGAAAAAUCUAAUGUACUUAAAUCAUGAGGGUCUCCGUAAAAUUGAAGCGCAAAUGUGUACUGUUCAGACUCAAUGUACAGAGCUCUGUAAUCAUUUAAGUAAGAUAGUUUCAAAAAAUAUCUCUGAAGAACAGAAGGUUGAAUUCGUAUGUAAGAUGUAA